AUGCUGUCCUUCAACCCUGGGCAUCAAAUUUAUUCGAGAAGCCGCAGCAGCAGCAGCAGCAGCAGCAGCAGCAGUAGCAAAUGCAACAAUCAACGAAGCAGCCAGCUGCUGCUGACGUCUCACUUGCAGCAAGACAGCAGCAGCAGCAGCAGCAGCAGCAGCAAUUGCAGCUUUAAAAGAAGCGCAGAAUUAAAUUCGAGAAGAAGAACAGCGCCCCGCAUUGUCAUCUUGAAAGCAGCAGCAGCAACAACAGCUGCAGCAACAACAGCAGCAGCAGCAACAGUAGCAGCAACUACAGCAGCGCCAACCACAGCAGCAGCUACAGCAACAACUGCAGCAGCUACAGCAGGAGCAGCAACAACUUCAGGGGCUACAGCAGCAGCAACUACUGCAACAGCAGCUACAGCAGCAGCAGCAACAGCAGCUACAACUGCAGCAGCUACAGCAGGAGCAGCAACAAUUGUAGAAGCAACAGCAACAGCAGCAGCAACAACUGCAGGGGAUACGGCAGCAACAACUACUGCAGCUGCGGCAACAACAGCAGCAGCUACAGCAGCAGCAGCAACAACGCCAGCAGCAACACCAACAGCAUCAACACCUGCAGCAGCAACACCAGCAGCGGCAAAAGGAGGAGCAGCAGGAGCAGCACCAGGAGCAGCAGUAACAGCAGCAACAGCAACAGUAACAGCAGCAGCAGCAGCAGCAGCAGCAGCACCAACCCUUGGAGUUUGA